AUGGUGGCCACCCGUCGCAGUGCUCGCCGGACAAAGAGCAACAUCGAAUUGCGAGAUCUGUUCAGGCAACGAUCGGUGUCGCCCACGGAAACUACAGCCACUAGCAGCAACAGCGAGACCAAUGACACUGACACUGAAACCAACGAGAAUGAAUCCGACUUUUCUCUUGAAGCUUUUCUGUCGUCCCUGAACGACACGGUUGGUUGCCGACCAAGAUGGUCGUCGGGGAUGCCCAUUUUUGAUUUCAUUGUUGACGGCAACAAAUCCUUGCCUUCCGGCUGGCUCCGUAGUUUGCUGGUUGUGAAAACGCCACCAAGUCUUGCAGACAAUGAGAAAAAUCUUCUUCUUUUUCUCUUUUUGAGCCUGUCAGGGGCCGGUGGGAAACUCGAUGGGCACUCUCCAAGCGACAUCCUGUCGCAUGCAUGGGGUGUAGUCUCUCUAACAAUCCGCAGAGCCUGCUUAUCGGCCUUGAAAGUUGAUUUCCUCACUUGGAUUACUUCUAGCGGGAGUGGAAACAAAGACAAUGAAUGCAACAAAAAGCGGUCUGCUUGGCUUCAGGAAGGGGCACCCCACCAACAAGAUGAGGGCUUCUCACCACCCCUUGUCAGAGUCCCGAAGCGACGGGACAUGCGUCCAACUCCUUUGGUUGCGGCAGCCCCGGGAGAAUUCAAUUCACCUGUCAGCACGAUGUCCCAACCUGCAGCAGAAGACCUUUGUUCUCCCGUCAGCAGUGGCACUUUGGAGGUCGAAGACGACUUUCUAUCGCCAAGGAUUUCGCCUCAAAAUGAACGCGAUCAGAAUGGAAGGCACGAUGGGACUCGUCUUGAUUUCAGUCGAGCUGAAAACAGGCAUGCAUCAACCCAGACUGACAAUUCGUCUCCAUCGUUGAGUAAUUCUAUUGAUGAGAGCACGCAGACUGAUCUCGCUGGACGCCUUCGUUCAGAAAUGAAUGCAGACACCAUCAGCAAAGAGUCCGAGGAAGAAAUGUGCCGAGCCCUCUAUUAUCUCUUCAAAAAGAAAAGGAAAUCUCUUUCUCGUGCUGGUGCUGGUGGCAACAACGACAUCAACGACGACGACAGUAACAACGACUUAGCCCGGGUGACAAAAGCUCGCUUGGCUGCAUCAGCUGAGGUUAUCACAUUGCGACCGUUUCGUAAUGGAAGCCCCAUGAAGAUAUUGAGAAUCAAAGAAUCAAGGCAUGGUGCUGGCGAUAAGAAAGCAAGAAAGUUUCGUUCUAAAGGACACCUUGUCGAGGCUUUGGUCUCAAACCUUGGUCUCUCGUCCGAGGAAACAGUCAGGCUACUCGAGCGUAUCCUUGUCGGAUACCGCAAAGAGAGUGAUGGUCGACUCAGCAUUGCACAAUGUGCAGCAUUGAUGCUGUACCUGCCGGUGACCGCCAGAGGCCUCGAACGCUUGCAGAGGUUUGUCAAGUGGGCUUUGCCCAGCGUCGGACCAACCAUGUUUCCACCAUCAUUGAGAAAGAAGAUAGCAAUGUACUCUAUGGAUACGGUCGAUCUGAAACUCGGCUUCGAGUUGGUGUCACUCGAAAUUGGUGGAAGCACAAGAAACCAACGUUGUUUGCAUGUUUGGGUAAAAGACCCAGCUGCUGCAAUCGAACGCCUUGCCCAGAGUGCUCUCGUUGCUGGGAAGUUUGAAGCCUCCCUAUCAUUCAGUAAUCACAGGGACACACUUGUUGUUGUUCAAGGCUCCGAUCGCGGUGGAGAUAUCACAUCCAACCUUGUUCGCAUCGCUAAUCGGUCAGCCGGCAACAGCUCUCAACACUGCCUGCCGCUUUCUUUCUAUGAAUUUGGGAAAGAGAGUUACUUCAACCUACGGCAGACUAUUUUCAACCCGCACAAACCAACACGCGAAUUCCUCCAGCUGCUGUUAGAUGGAGAAUUUCACAUGAUCGUUGUCACAAUCCACGACAAUAACAACAAUGGUUUGGUUUUGGAUUCUCAAUGUUUGAUGCUUCGAUUUGUAUUCCCUUCUUCUGCCAUUACUGAUCAUCGACGGCUGUUUUUGGUUCGGUACGACGAAGACGCAGCUGCUCACAAUGAAGAUGCAUCUGCUCAGGAUGAUGCUGAAAUGAGGAUAUUGCCUCGAGCAGUGCGCCUCCUUGACGCAAACGAGGAAAUGUCGGAAUCAAGUCGCGACGUGACUCGCCUGACCCUACAAUUGGUCGAGGAUUCCGAUGGCGAUGACAACUCUUACAGCGGCUUCAUUCUGCGAAAUUGCUUCAACCGAAUUGUCUGCACAGAGUCAUUUUCCGAAGUGCUUGUUGGAGGAGCCGACAAGAGCGUAAGAAUGCAAUGCCUGCACGCUAUCGGCUGCACAUCAGAUGAUAUUAAAUGCAAUGCAACUCUCAUGGGUCAGGGAACUGCGUCGGUGAUGUGUCCGUGCACAAUCUGUGUUGCAAAGAAAAAAGACUUCGCUUCCUACCUGACCAAGCCUCGAGAAGAACAACCAUCCAACCGGGAGGGAGACUAUGCCAAUCCAAAGAUGUACAAAGCAUUCAUGGCAGAAGCGAAAGGACGAGCUGAGUGGGUGCGGCUGAACUCUACGGGCCAGGCGAGGACACUCAAAAUAAAGUAUUGCAGUGUCACUCAUGAACCAUUGUUGUACACUCCUCCAUCAAUGAACACUUGCUCUGGAAUGCACGUGUCUAGUGGGCUAUUAACCCAUCUUACAGUCAAGAUGUUGGAUCUUAUGGGUGAAAUUGACAAAACAACAACAUGGAUGAUCGAGUUGCCGGCUAAGCUGGACGAAGCAAAGGAAUUCAUCAAAAGCGCAACAGCUUCCACGGACAAACUUCGAAAGCAAGAUGCGAAGCUUGUACGCGAUAUUUUUGCAGCAAGAGGCAUGGCACGACCUGGAUGCGCUCAAAUGAUCACUCAGCUCGAAGCAGAUCGCGAUGAGAUAGCCUCGAUGUUGACGGCAUCAACGAAAGCAAGAGAUGCUGCGAAGCUGUUUACGGAGAAAGGAGCCGAGUUCUUGGCAGGAGCAGCCAAAAAGUCCAAGACGCGCAUCCUUGGCCCAGCAACCUACUGCUUCCGAAAGACGUACGAGGUUGAUGGAAGAGUGCCUUUCCGAGUUGAAAACAGUGGCUUCGAGCUUUCUAAUGCAGAUGGCAUCAAAGUUUUGGAAAGGAUAGACAAGAUUGACGAACGAAUGAAACGAGUUUUCGACAACCCACAGAUGCAGGCAUCCAUUGACCAUUUGAUGAACAAAUUCGUCAAAAUGGCACGGUUGCUCUAUCGCAUGUCAGUCAUGAUGAAGAGCCAAAAAAAAUGGUCUACGGAAAACUGUGAUCAGUUCGAAUCGACGUCGAAAGAGUAUGCAAUGCUUUGGCUUGAGCUUUCAGGAGAGGGCGAUACCCAAUCAAACAAUCCGGCUAUUUUCAACAAACUGCAUGUGUUAGUAACACACGUGCCGCAAUUUGUGAGACGACACCGAAUGCUUGGACGUUGCUCUGAAGAGGGUUUCGAAUCGUCUCACAAGUGCAUUGAGUCAGUUCGGAAACCACUCAAAUGCAUGACGUCGACAGAGGACAGAGCCAACACCAUCUACCGAAGGAUUUUGCUUCAGUCUAGGCCUGAAAUUGAAAGGACAUUCGAAAGCAUCAACAACCACUACAGGAACAACAAGCGCGGCCCUUACAACAAAGAUCCCUCGAAGAUGAAGACUGCGGAUGCCGCAAAAGCAGCCAGAGAGGUUGGCUGUUCUCUCUCUCUUCCCGAAGGAUUCCUUCCAUCUAUCAAUGGAUACGUAGUCAAAGAAUCAUGGAAAGACGAGUUUGAGUAUGUUUGUUUCAGUAAAGUCCCACAAUCUUGGUCCAAAACCUUCACAAACGACGAGCGAUUGGGUGAAGGGUGUCGGACGACGACCGAAUACCUCUAG